CCGCGCCUCGGCCGGCCGGCGCUCCGCAGCGAGCCGCGUCCUCGCGAUCGAGCCCGCGGCGGCCGGGCGGCCGUGACCCCUCCGCGCGCUCCCACCCCGUGGCGCAGUGGACGCCCCGGCCGCGGCGCUUCUCCCGCUGCCCGCAUGGACGGGACGCUGAAGCGGAGCCGCCCCGAGGAGCCGACCGAGCUCCCGCCGACUGCCCGGGACGGGGAGCAGGGGGAAGAGGAAGAGCCGGGCAUGGAACCGGGGCUGGAGGAGGAAGAGGAGGUGGACCCCCGGAUCCAGGGUGAACUGGAGAAGUUAAAUCAAUCCACAGAUGAUAUCAACAGACGGGAGACUGAACUGGAGGAUGCUCGUCAGAAGUUCCGCUCUGUUCUGGUGGAGGCUACAGUGAGACUGGAUGAGUUGGUGAAGAAAAUUGGCAAAGCUGUGGAGGACUCCAAGCCCUACUGGGAGGCACGGAGGGUGGCAAGGCAGGCUCAGCUGGAGGCGCAGAAAGCCACACAGGACUUCCAGAGGGCCACCGAGGUUCUCCGGGCUGCCAAGGAAACCAUCUCUCUGGCAGAGCAGCGGCUGUUGGAGGACGACAAACGGCAGUUUGACUCUGCCUGGCAGGAGAUGCUGAAUCACGCCACCCAGAGGGUCAUGGAGGCAGAACAGACCAAGACAAGAAGUGAGCUGGUGCACAAGGAGACUGCAGCUAGGUACAAUGCUGCCAUAGGCCGCAUGAGGCAGCUGGAGAAGAAACUCAAGCGAGCCAUUAACAAGUCCAAGCCUUAUUUUGAACUCAAGGGAAAAUACUACGUGCAGCUUGAGCAACUGAAGAAGACAGUGGAUGACCUACAGGCCAAGCUGACCCUGGCAAAAGGCGAGUACAAGACAGCCCUGAAGAACCUGGAGAGGAUCUCAGAUGAGAUCCAUGAACGGCGGCGUUCUAGUGCCAUGGGGCCUCGGGGCUGUGGCGUGGGCGCCGAGGGCAGCAGCACAUCCGUGGAGGGCCUGUCCGGAAGCAAACCCGAGCCAGAUGCUGUUUCCGUGGCCUCAGAAGCCUUUGAAGACGACAACUGUAGCAACUUUGUGUCUGAAGAUGACUCAGAAACCCAGUCCGUGUCCAGCUUUAGUUCAGGACCAACGAGCCCAUCUGAGAUGCCUGACCAGUUCCCUGCGGUCACAAGGCCCGGCAGUCUGGAUCUGCCCAGCCCCAUGUCUCUGUCAGAGUUUGGGAUGAUGUUCCCAGUGCUGGGCCCUCGAAGUGAAUGCAGCGGGGCCUCUUCCCCCGAAUGUGAGAUAGAACGAGGAGACAGGGCAGAAGGAGCAGAGAAUAAAACAAGUGACAAAGCCAACAACAAUCGAGGUGGCAACAAUACCAGUGGUGCUGGUGGCAGGGGUAAGAGCCAAAACUACACGUCUUCUGAGAGCCAGGCCUUGGAGACCCGGAUGAAGCAACUCUCCCUCCAGUGCUCCAAGGGAAGAGAUGGGAUUAUUGCUGACAUAAAAAUGGUGCAGACUGGCUGACCCAUCCAGGGCCAUGGCCCAUGUACAAAUUAGUAUUUAUACACAAAACUCAAGAACAUUGUGCCAAUAAUCAUUUAACAUGCCAAAUCUUAAGCAUUUAAACUGCACUAACCAAGUUUCAGUGACUUGAGGGCUGAAGAAUUCCCCUCUGGUAAGAGAUCUUGGGCUAGUAGGUUUUUCAGAGACACGUCCUGGCAGGCAGCCUGUGACCAGGCUUACAUCACAGCCUUCAUGGAUCAUUCACUCCCUGUCAUGGCGUUGUGGAAGCAAUAAUGAGUUCCUGUGAAAGAACUCAAGCUAGGAAGAGGGUUGGGAGCUUAGCCAAACUGGGGGCCACAGCCUGCAUCUUUCUCUUUCCUCACACUUGGUUUGGGGAAUAAGAGAUGUUUUCUCCAUGACAUCUAAGACAUCUAAAUAUUUAAAACACAAAAAUAAAACUCAGAUAUUCCGUGCAUUACCUUUCUGACAUAGCUCAAGGUUAAAAGAAUGCAAGAACACACUUCAUUUUUUUCACCUCUGGUGUUCAGAGGGGACUUUUUAAAAAAGCAUGUAGGUUGGGACACCCAUUCAAACCAUUUCCUAGGAAGGCUACCAUGAGCUGCACUUUUUGGGGUGGGAAUGGGAGGCUGAGGGUAGCUGGGACAUAGCGUAGAAGGGGGGUCCAUUACUGUGGGAGGGAGGGCUCUCUAGCCUCACCUCCCCCUGCCAGCCACUUAUCCUAAGGGGGCGUGCAUGUGAAGUGGCCAUUGUUGUAUCUACACUGACAAGGUGAUGGUUUCUCUGUAGGUUCAACUUUCCAAAUAAUGAAAUUAUCUAAGGGUUAUGCUGCAUCUAGUAUUUCUUCCUUAAAGCUAGGAAAGAGAGUAGGCAUGUGUUGGCAAAGGCUGUUUAAAUAGAAGCAGUGGUGUCUGUUAUGCUAAUAGUAGUAAGUGUUCAGACUGAUUUUCUUUAAUGUUUUUAUGCUUAUGCAUAUUUACAGCACUGUAUUUUGUCUUGUUAAUUGAGCAUUUCUAAAAGAAAGCCUCAUUUCAAGUUGUCUGUUGACUGUCACAGUGUAUGUAUUUUAGCCAUUUGUACAUCUCUUCAUACUGUAGUGGUUCUUUUUUAUUAACUGAUAAUUAGAAGGUUAUUUUGUACUUAGUACCCUUGAGUGCAAUAAAAAAAAAUGAUUAA